AUGGCAUCUUUCCUCACCAGACGGCUCCUAAGCCGGUGCCAUACCCACCGUCCACCGGCACUAAUACCAAUACCAAUAUCAAUAUCAACCCACUCCUUCCACACAACACCCCACCGACCCCUCCAAAUCCACAACCCACAAACCGACUCCUCCGGCAACCCCCUCACCAUCUCAAUAACCCCAGCAGCCUCAACCCGACUCUCUCAGAUCCUCAGCAAAGAACCAUCACCGACUACAUCCGCCCUACGAGUUCUGGUCGAAUCCGGCGGAUGUCAUGGAUUUCAAUAUACGAUGUCGUUGACGGAUAAGAUCGACCCUGAGGAAGACACGAUAUUCGAAGAAGAGAGUAAUGGGGCGAAAGUGGUGAUGGAUCUACCGAGUUUGGAGUUGUUGAAUGGGAGUAAAGUCGAUUAUGAGAGUGCUUUGAUUGGAAGUCAGUUUAAGAUUGUGGAUAAUCCGGCGGCGACGAGUAGUUGUGGGUGUGGGACGAGUUUUGAUGUUAAGUUUUGA